UGCACAGCGCUGACAUGGAAAUGUCCGAAGAGUGUGUUCAAACAGAAGCUAUCCAGCCACAGGCACUUCACAUCUCCGUUUCUACAGAUAGUGAGACAGCUUUGCCAUCCUGCUCUGUGACAAUGCCUGUUGACCUGAGCUGGCAAGAACAGUUUACGGAGAUGCCUCAGUCCCCACAAGCACCAUCUCCCGUACACAGAUGUGACAAAGGAACUCAGACAGAUUCCAAGAACAGAAGCACAGGUGUUCAAACUAAGAUGCGCACACAUCAGAAGGGUACGCAGACAUGGUAUAUUCCAUCUGAACCUGCACCCCGUUCUUCAACUCCAGUACCAACAAAUGAAUCACAAGUGUGGAGUGAAAGUGACAGUGAAACAGAGAUACGUGAUCCUCACGACACUACGUAUGACCCCAACCAAAGUGACCUAAACUUGACGCAGGAUACCUCCCUCUGUGAAAGGUCAUUCAUCGACCACUGUGAUACUGCCAACAGCCACACAGAAAGUAGCAGCGUUACUGAGCACUCUACUAAAGAUGACGGGCACGAAACCAGCGACACUCACCAACACCGAGAGCCAAUGUACAUGGUUUCGGAAACCUGCCUUCUUCAGCUGCUCAAGACUUGCCCAGAAUGUUUGACGACAAAAACUGUGACAGAACUCAACUGCAAGGGCUCGUGCCUACGUGUAACUGUGACAUGCCAAAACAAUCACACCAGGGUUUGGUACAGUCAGCCUUCGCUUGGUGGAAAGCCAGUUGGAAACAUCAUAAUGAGCGCCGCCAUACUUUUUUCGGGAUGUAGCCCUACAAAGGUGUUGCGACUAUUCCAGUUCAUGAAGCUUGCCAGCGUAAAGAAGACCCAGUACUUCAGAAUGCAGCAUUGCUACCUUUUCCCCGCAGUCAAGGAGGCAUGGAAGUUGGAGGAAGAAGCCUUGGUGUGCGCCCUCAAGGAAACGCCUCUAACACUUGCAGGCGACGCCAGGUGUGAUUCUCCGGGACAUUGCGCACUAAUGGGGACAUACACAGUCCUGGAGACAUCAGUCAAUAAGAUUCUUCACUUUGAGCAGAUUAUGUCACCAGAGGUAUCCUCCAGCAACCAAAUGGAAAAGGUUGGCCUUGAGCGGGUCUUGGGCUACCUCGAACAACAAGAAAUGACGGUUGACAUGCUGAUCACUGACAGGCAUACUGGGAUUAAAGCACUCAUGAAGACCAAGCCCAUUAAACAUCGAUUUGAUGUGUGGCAUGUAGCUAAAGGCAUCAAGAAGAAAAUUGCUGCAGCAGCACAAACAAAGGCACACCAAGUACUAGGCCUGUGGUGUGAGAGCAUCAUAAGGCACUUGUACUGGUGUGCAAAAACAAGUUCCGACAAUGGAGAGGAGCUACUGGCCAAGUGGACUUCUGUCAUGCGUCAUGUCAUCAAUGUCCACACGCACCCCAAUGCAUUGCACCCAAGAUGCUUUCAUGAUGACCCCGGAGAAAGGCUGUGGCUUCUCGAAGGCACAGAACCAUUCAUGAAGCUUCACAGCAUUCUCAUGUCAAAGUACCUGUUAGUUGACAUCCCGAAGCUGUCUCCACGCGACCAGACCUAUGGACUUGAAGCCUACCAUAGCCUCCUCAUCCAUUUUGCACCAAAGUCGCACAGCUACACAUAUGAAGGCAUGCUGGCAAGGACCCAGAUUGCUGCACUGCACUAUAACUUCAACAGUGCCAGGAUAGUGCUCAAAAAUGACGACGGAACUGACAAGUAUGUCCUGAAAGGGUCUAAACCAAAGAAACAGUGGGUUGUCAUUCCACUGAAGGAAAAUGUGUCAUAUGGCUACGUGGACAAGCUAUUCGCAGAGCUCUUCAGAUGUUUGAGCAAGUGGCCAACAUAUGAAAGUGCCGAGAGGGCAAAUCCACGUGUGCAGCGGCCAACACUGUGCAGCUCCUAUGGAGAGAAGCCAAGCAUCGAAGAAGUUAGGCAGAAUCAUUGGAGUAGAUUCCAAAGAUAGAUACAUCCGUAUGCAAGGUAGGCCGCUGGUGCAAUCACUGGUUGCUUGUA